UUCAUUCGUACGUUUCUUGGAUCGACCGGGGAGAAAAAGUCCUGCGUGUAGAAAUACGCCGACUGACACUAACACGCGCGUAGCCUAGCCUCAAAACAACGCAGUAAGCUGCAGAAGCUGGUUUCUCGGCCGACGGGGAUUGUGUGUUGUGUUGCACCCUUCUACGGUGAGGUUGCGAGUGAUUUAUGAAUUGUUUUUGUUUCGUGCACCCCACAAUAACAGUUCCUAAAGUGCUACAGGUGCCGUACGGGUUCAGGUACUGUUCAGGUAAAUCCUGGCCAAUUGCUGCCGUUUCGAGCUGUAUGUGUAGGUGUUAUCCGUGUGGAGUCCCGAACCACCGGCUAUAUUUAGCUGCAUUAGACACCAGUCCACCAGCCAGCCAGUGAGCAGGAAAAGAUGAUUGACAGUGUUUGAGAAGCGAAAAGGCUGAAAGGAUUAUAGUUCCUGUCUGUGCGUGCAGUGAUUUACCAGUGCUAGUGAGUGAUAGAGGAAAGGUCCUACAAAAAAAAUCUUGACAGAUUCAAUCGUUAGUGAGAAAUCAGUGUUUUUCAGUAGCAGCAGCAAAGUCCGAGUACAUCAAAAUCUCGCCUCGACCGACGGCAGCGUUACUCUGUGUGGUGGAAUGCCCCUAAACCACACCUACAAAAUGAUCAUCGAAUAGGCAACAAACCGAAUUCGAAUAGCAGCGCUAUGCCACGCUAGGAGCAGCCGCACCACCAUCCUACUACCAACGUUUGUUGGCGACAAACCGUUCCGCCGGGCGCAGGCAGCAGCAUGGAAAAAUUAAUCCACUUCGGAAUUUUGUCUACAUAAACUGCAACUGCGGGACACGACACGACACGAAAAGCAGCAGCAGUGAGACGCUCGGAAAACAAUCAAUGCCAAAUUGAUGAACUGAUUUAUGCAAAUCGGAUUGCAAGGCAGAAGUUGCUCUUUGUCCACUAGAAUCGAAUCGAUUGGACUAAAUCCAGCACCGGCACCGGUUAUCGGUUCUGCCGGAGAAUCACGUUCCGUGCAAUAAUCAGUUCCCUAUUUUUCGCUGCAGAAAAACACAAGGUCCCCGUAGAAUCGUCAAAUAAGUUUUUUUUGUGUUCCUCCUUUUCGGGCCGAAAGUGUAUGUGCAAUAAGUUAGUCCAUCGUUUCGUAUGAUUUCCGUGUGCGCUAUUCCGGUCAGAUAGGAAACAGCCAGAAGAAGAUUGUGGUGGCUUCGAAUUUGUUGAAUAUCGACGAAAUCUGUGCUGGUGCGAAGCGAAGCGAGUCGAAUCGAAGAAAGCCGGCGCGGCAAGAAGAUGCAGGAAAAUAGUGUCGCUGCAGUUCCGGUUGCAGUGUCCGGUGCGACCACCAUUGCCGCCGGCGGCAUCACGGGGAACGGCAAUCAGACCGCGGGCGGUGGCGGCGGUGGGAGCGGCGGAGGUCACCCGGCUGCCAGCAACGCUUCCGGCACGACGCCAGUCGCUUCACCGCCGGGCGGCAACGGAAACGGCCCCAGCGCCACCAGCAUCAGCGAGAUCGAUCAGGCCCAGUUCGAGGCGGACAAGCGGGCGGUGUACAAACAUCCACUGUUCUCCCUGCUGGCGCUGCUGCUAGAGAAGUGCGAGCAGGCAACCCAAGGCUACAUUCCCUCCUCGAACUCAUCCAGCCCGAAUGGGUCCACCAAUGGAACCAGCGAAGGCGACAGUUUCUCCCGGGAUGUUCAGGCCUUCGUGCAAAUGCUAGAGAAGGAAAAACGCCCGCUGCUUACGAAUAACUCAGAACUAGACGGCCUUAUGAUCAAAGCAUUACAAGUGCUGCGAAUACAUCUGCUGGAGCUGGAGAAGGUUCAGGAACUGUGCCGGGACUUUUGUACGCGAUACAUCGCCUGUUUGCGGGGAAAAAUGCAGUCGGAAAAUCUGCUGCGAUCCGACUAUGCCAUGGAGCACAACAACAAUCUGUCCAACUCGAAUAGUCCGAUUAAUAGUCCGGAACAGGACCUGUCGGGUAGCGCUCAAGGAUAUUACCAAAACACCGAUUAUUUAUCGGCAACCGAUACCAAUGAGUACAGCAAUAUGCAAGCAGGCCAAUUUAAUCAGCAUCAGCUGUUCCCUGCGCCGGCACUGCAUCAGCAGCCUACCAUGCUGGAACGAACGCCAAAAGGACUGCACAUUCCGAGCAGUAGUAUUCCCCAUACUUUACCCGCAACAGAACCGUCACACACAUUGCCUUGCCUACCUCAAGAACUCCCUUCCCUAGGGCAGCUCCCAAGUCCUGCUUCGGCACUCCUUAAUCAAAUUGGCGCCGCGCCCCACCCGCUGCUGGAAGCCUUUGCCGACGAACAGCUGUCAGCCCUCAGCGGCAGCGGCAGCUCGGAUGAACUGGACGAUUCGGAACUGGACGGCGCGGGUAGUGACGGUUUGGGUCGCGGUAAACACUCAAAGCGAGGCAUUUUGCCCAAACAUGCGACCAGCGUAAUGCGCGCUUGGUUAUUUCAGCACCUAGUCCAUCCUUAUCCUACUGAGGACGAGAAACGAGCAAUAGCCGCCCAAACCAAUCUCACACUGCUACAAGUCAAUAACUGGUUCAUCAAUGCCCGACGCCGCAUCCUGCAACCGAUGCUAGAUCAACCAUCCGACAGUACCCGUCAAAGUCCCUCAUCGCCAUCAUCCUCACAAACGUCCUCCACGGUGGAUCAGUCCAACAGCUCAGUUCAGGCCACCCCGAGCAAAUGCUACUGGACUACUGGAGCAGCAGAUAACCCUCAGCUGGAUCACUUCUCGACUCCACCACUGCUGGCCGACAUCGAAAACAUUAGCUCCAACAUCAGCCGUUCGAUGGAAGCGGAGCGAAUGCUGCUCGUUGCUGCAUCGGCAAAAUUGACCAACCAUGCGGGCCGAUUUUUCUAUCCCGGCCAGCCCCAGCAGCUGCUGCAGCAGCAGCAGCAGCAGCUAAGCUCAGAAGAUGAUUCCAAUCCGGGGGGCCGCUGAGCUGAGAAUCCCCACCAUCACCAACUCAUAAAAUGCAACCGAUGUAUACUGAGAGCAACUUAACGAAUGCCAUACCAAUUCUAGUUUAACGUUCGGUUUAGGUUUUUGUAAAACUAAUCUUAAUCUCGCUAGUGAGUCUUAUUUUUUUCAUUGUUGAUUUGUUCGAGGAAGUCAUAAUUGCUUGGAAGAAACACACUGUCGUACUCAGUGCAGUGGUAGAGUUUAGAAAACCAUCUACAUUAGGUAAGGAACAACUCCUAGCAGCACCUAGAUUGUAAAUAACGUGCUGAAUUUAUUUAAUUAUUCGAAAUAAAAAAACAAGGUAAGACCUGGUUCACCACCACCACCACCACUAGCAGACGGGAGAGAACCUGAGCGCAUAAAUAAUUAUGAUAUCACUCUCAGGACGAAAUGAUGAAAAUAUGAUAAUUAAUUAAUAAGUAUCAGUGCCACAGUCGUCCUGCCUUUCGACCUCCGCGCCCCUUUAGGAACCGGUAAAGCACACGAACAAUGAGAGAAAAAACAUCAUCAUCAUCAGGUCGAGGAUAUUCGUGCGUUUUCCCGUGCGAUGAUGAAGUUGAAUUGAUUAAUAUUUAUUACAAAUAAUGAGGUCCCUCCCGCGCCCGUCGCCGCCCCCCCCAAGCCAGAGAAGCCCGAGAAAAAGGCAUUCGAGAAUAAACAAACAUUCGUAACUCAAUUAAACGCACUGAAAAUACACUGAACAGAGAACAGGAAAAAAAACAACUCCCAAAAAAAAGUUCAGGUUAAAUACAGAAAACGAUUGCAUGAAUAAAUAUUAUUUACAUAUAGAUUUUGUAUAUUCCAAUGCAAGCGCGGCCGAAGAAUCGAGAGGAAAAAGGGCACACUUUCACGAAUAUAAAUUAUCGAAUUAAGCGAUAAUUGAAUGCUUAUGAUAAUGCCAAUUAACACGAUCAAGCGGACACUGAAUGCUCUAGGUCUACACAGAAAAAGGGCUGGCAGGGACGAAAAAAGGGAGGGAGGAAAGGUGGAAUUCAUUUUAAUGCCUCUUACCAAGCGGCUCUCGGAAACUCGGAAACAGCCUAGAGAGAGGACGAUCACUAAGUCAACAACAAGCCAAGCCAAGCUACUGUAUACGCUCUUUCAAGUAGGAAUAUAACGAUUUACCAUUAUUUUAGUGUAAAACUUGGGUUGUCUUAAAGAAGUUCAAAACCAUUAAGCUUAUGUUAACCAAGCAACGGAUAUACGUAAUCGAAACAAGUGAAUAUGAAAUAGAUUGUAACGGAAGUAACGAUGUUUUAGGAAUACACACUAACUAACAAUGAAUGAGUAGAGCAACAGCAAAUUUAAAACGAGGAAGAAUUAAGCCUGUGAUAAUAGAUUUAUUUGAUUUUCAUAUCUCUUGCUAAUCAAACAACAACAACAAAAAGAAGAACAACAAACUACUACUACUACUACUGCAACUACUACUACAAUGAAAACAGUCCACUGAAAAAACUGAAAAAACUGAAAUGCAACAAAAAUACGUAAAAUUCCUAUCUCUGUGUCAUAACUAUUAAAAACAAAAAGCAAACUAACGAAAAGUGUGGCGGUGAGAGCAAAGUAUACCAACUCUACGAAUAAGUUUAUUUAGUAGCUAAUCAAGAGGAAACCGAAUGCCAAUUGUCUGAGACGUAAAUAAAUUACGCAGAAAAAACACACACACACAAAACACACACUGAUACACUCAUAAUUAAACUGCUGAUUGAAACCUGUAUACGUAAAAUGUUUACUAUUUAGAACUUAUUUUCCUAUUUAUCUUGAUUUAGUUUACGGUACAAUCUACCCUCAGAACGUAUACCUUAAAAAAAUAGGAUAGGAUGAAACGUCGGCCGGCAUGUCGUCAAGUCGUUUGAACAUACUGUAAAUAGCAUUUCAAUUCUUAGCGAAUAAAUUAACCUUGAAAAAUAAUUUCACAUAGCAGCUAGGAAAAGGCAAACCAACCAAGUAGCAGCAGCAGCAGCAGCAGAAACCUCAAAGUGACAGCUCAAAUACCUGCGGUGUUGCGUGCGUGAUUGUUGAGAUGGCAUCGCAGCAAGCCAUCUUGAUAACAAAGCCGGAGUUCAUUAAUCAUAAUUGCAGUCACCUCCUAGUGCUAGUCCUAGUGCUAGGCGUUGAUCGGUGCCUAAUUACCGUGGCCCAUUAUAAUUACCCGCGAGCUGCCACUUUGGGGUCGAGCAAUUUUCUCCGCUCUACGUAAGAAGAUUCGGAUAUAAAUAACUAUACUUUUUUCGUGCUAAAUUCGGUCUAUACUUUCUUGUGAAUGACUAAAACAAAGCAAAGUAAAACGCUUCAACCCCAGUUUCACCCCCUGUACAAAGAGAAAAACAAAAGUUGAAUCUAAGAAAAAACUGAACAAUACUGUAAUAACGAAGAAAGAAAAAAAAAAGCACUUGAGUUGAACAGUUCUUUUCUAAGUUAACCCGUUACUAACUGAAGAUAUACGAAGAAAACAAACAAAUCCGUGGCUUCCGUGCCAUAUUUUAGAGGGAUCGUAGCAUGAGCAGCAAGCAAGCAAGCAAGAAAAGCAAAGCACAGAAAAAACCGUCUCGGUAAAAGUAAGUUUAGAAAUUAUCGCUGAUUAAGCAAGCAAACACACAGACACACACUUUGGAAUCUAACUAUACCACAGCAGAAAAUUGAAAUUCAAAAUUGACUAGUAAACUAGUACGAAAAUUGGAAAUCAAAGAAGGAAGCGCAAAAACUAACUGUGUAGUGUGCAGCAGAAGGAUUAGUAGAUGCAAAAUAAGCAAAAAACCUAGAAGUGCAGACAGUUUAGAAUGUAUACAACAAAAAGAAAAUCUUCAAAUUAUAAAAAAAAACAACACUGACACAGACACACGCAUAACACUCAUUAUUGAUUAUUGAUUAAUUGACUAGUAACUCGCCAUCCAGCCGGUGAAAUAAAA